UAGAGCGCGGCGGCUGAGCCGCCCCCGCCGCCCAUGGCCAUCCCGGCGCGGCCCUAGCGCCACCGCCGCCGCCAUGAGGAGGUCUGGAAUGGUGCAUGCAGAGGUUCAGCCUCCCGUCCCUGAACUCCACUCACAAAGCACCUUUGGCUCUGUUAUCUUCUUGGAGCUUGCAAUUUAACAGCCUGGGAGAGGGCCCCAGACAGCAAGAGCAGCCCUGCAGCCACCCUGUCCUUUGCCUGAUGAAGGGACUCCAAGAGCAGAAGGUUUUGAUGAUAUUUCUUCCCACAGUCUUGUUGUGAGCCUCUUUGCCCGUAAAGCUCUGCCAUGGCAGAUGGAGUGAUGAUUCUUCCCGUGCUGCUGCUGCUGGUGUUUCCCUCCCUGAGCUGGCAAGAUGAACUAAAUAUGGUCCACUAUGAAUGUGUGUGUGAAGGCAUGUCCUGUGGGAAUGGAGAUCGUUGCCAAGGCCAGCAAUGUUUUGCUUCCCUGAGCAUUAAUGAUGGUGCUAAGGUUUACCAGAAAGGCUGCUUCCAAGUCUAUGAACAAGGGAAAAUGACCUGCAAAACACCUCCGUCCCCUGACCAAGCUGUUGAGUGCUGCCAAGGAUACCUGUGCAACAUGAAUAUCACUGCACAGUUGCCCUCUACUAAAGGGCAAACCUUUCAAGGAGAAGCUGCAGGUUACAGUGUGGAAACACUAAUCAUCGUUAUACUGGCUCCAGUGAUAGUGUUGAUAGUUUUUUCUGCAGUAGCAGUGCUGAUCAUACGGAGAAUACAGAAAAACCAUAUGGAGAGGCUCAAUUCUAGAGAUGCAGAAUAUGGCACAAUUGAGGGACUCAUUGCAUCCAACGUUGGAGACAGCACGUUGGCAGAUUUAUUGGAUCAUUCCUGCACAUCUGGAAGUGGUUCUGGGCUUCCUUUCUUGGUACAAAGGACAGUGGCUCGCCAGAUCACACUUGUGGAGUGUGUAGGAAAGGGCCGCUAUGGAGAGGUCUGGAGAGGUCAGUGGCAAGGAGAAAAUGUUGCUGUGAAGAUCUUCUCUUCUAGGGAUGAAAAAUCCUGGUUCAGGGAAACUGAAUUGUACAACACUGUAUUGCUGCGGCAUGAAAAUAUUUUAGGUUUUAUUGCAUCUGAUAUGACUUCCAGGAACUCCAGCACCCAGCUGUGGCUGAUCACCCACUACCAUGAGAUGGGCUCUCUGUAUGACUACCUGCAGCUCACCACCCUGGACACGGUCAGCUGCCUGCGCAUCGUCCUCUCCAUAGCCAGUGGGCUGGCACAUUUGCACAUUGAGAUCUUUGGCACCCAGGGGAAGCCAGCCAUCUCCCACAGGGACCUGAAGAGCAAAAACAUCCUCGUCAAGAAGAACGGACAGUGCUGCAUAGCAGAUCUAGGCCUUGCAGUCAUGCACUCCCAAAGCACCAACCAGCUGGAUGUGGGGAACAACCCCCGCGUGGGCACCAAGCGCUACAUGGCUCCAGAGGUGCUGGAUGAAACCAUCCAGGCAGACUGCUUCGACUCCUAUAAAAGGGUGGACAUCUGGGCUUUUGGGCUGGUCCUCUGGGAGGUAGCUAGGCGUAUGGUUAGCAAUGGUAUUGUGGAAGACUACAAACCACCAUUUUACGACCUGGUUCCAAACGAUCCCAGUUUUGAAGACAUGAGGAAGGUGGUCUGUGUAGAUCAGCAAAGACCCAACAUUCCCAACAGAUGGUUCUCAGACCCUACACUGACAUCUCUUGCCAAGCUGAUGAAAGAAUGCUGGUACCAGAACCCCUCAGCCAGACUAACAGCCCUGCGAAUCAAAAAGACUUUGACCAAAAUUGAUAAUUCCUUAGAUAAACUGAAAGCUGACUGCUGACCUUCUUCUCGUGGUGCUCUCCUGAUAGGAAGGCAUUUGUCUGGCUCAGAAGCAGCCUGCCCAGAGGGUUUUUACCAGUGGUCCCCAUGUGGCUGCUCACAGAGGCAGAGCUGGUACCGAGCCGUCUGUCUGGGAGACAUCGGAACCGUGUGGACUUUGCUCAGUGACUACAGUGGGCAUUUCACAAAUGGUCAAGCUGUAAAGACUCAUGCUGGAUGUACUGUUGCAAAGGUAGUGGCCUGAAGGAAGACAGAGAAAUCCUAAGACAAGAUCAGGGCAUUAAAUAAUGGCUUUGAACAGCUUUUUUCUUUUUUUCCUUUUUUUUUUUUUUUUUUUUUCCCUCCAUUUUUUUUUUUUUUUUUUUCCUUUUCUUUUUUUUUUUUUUUUUUUUUUUUUUCUCCUUAUCCCUCCCAGGGUGAACACAUGGAAGUGGUAAAUUUUAAUCAGCAAUAUUGCCUGUGCUUCUCUUCUUUAUUGCACUAGGAAUUCUUUGCAUUCCUUACUUGCACUGUCACUGUUAAUUUUAAUGACAUGACUUGCCAAAAAUAUGAUUGGCUGUAUACUACAUUGAUCUAUGCCUGAAUAAUAGGAAAUGAAUUUGGUAAACUGAAAAUGUAACUGUCAGAUUUUAGCUGCAUUUUACAUGUGUACUGAUGUUUACAAUAAUGCUGAACAUUAGGAAUUUCUCGUUUAUACAAAACUUGCAAAUUAUUUAUUACUAGUGCACUUGCCAGUUUUUUAAACUGUAAAAUAAGUGCAUAAAGUUAAAGCUUAUUUUUGUGGCCUCUUUCAUGAUUUCUUACACAGAUGUUUUUGUAACACUAUAACCUGAAACAUAAAUUGUUUUCUGUAUUAUCAUAUUACAACUCGAUAGUCACAUUUUAAGUGCUUCACAUUUGUAGGUGUGUGGUCUGUAACAUAUUUUCAGUUCAGAUAUGGAACAUAUAUAUAGCCAUUACCCACACAACAUUGUGUCUAGUAUCUUACUGAUCUAGAAAAGGAAAGCAAUGGAGGAAUUAACUAGAAUUUUAGGUCAUGAAUGCUGUGGGGAAAAUGCAUUUUAUUUCUUCUAAGCUACAUAAUAUGCAUUUAAACUCUGCCAGAAAAAUAACUAUUUUGUUUUAAUCUACUUUUUCUAUUUAGUAGUUAUUUGUAUAAAUUAAAUAGAAUGUUUUCAAGUCAAA